CUCAAACCCAGGCCUCUUUUCUCCUGUCAUCUACAUGAGAUCAGGAAAAGACAGCUAUGGAGGGAAGGAGCACUACAAUAACCUGCUCCUACGACAGAAAGAAGUACAUGUUUAACAGAAAGUACUGGUGCCGUGGAGGAUCUAGGUCAUCUUGUGAUGUUUUAGGCGACACAGAGAAUUUUGUUAAGAAUGAAUAUAAAGGAAGAGUGUUGCUCUUGGAUAACAGAAGAGGAUACUUUUUGGUCACAAUGCACCAGCUAGUAGAAGAUGAUUCAGGAAUGUAUUGGUGUGGAAUACAAAGGCCAUAUGCAGAUGCGAUGACUGCAGUGAAACUCACUGUAACUGAAGAGCCUCUCUCCACACCCCUUAUUACUCUCACCAACCAUCCCAGUGAAUCCUGCUUAGGGAGAUCAGUGACUGUCCGAUGUCAUUCAGCCACUGGCUCUAAUGUUUACUACACAUGGUACAGAAAGAGCUUUCCGACCAAUAUCGUACUAGUGCACAGCAGUGACCUGGUGCUUCGCUGUGGAGACCUCCUGGAGAGUCAGAGCUAUUACUGCCAAGCUGCAACUCGCAGAGCAAACAAAUCCACCCAGGUGUUGAGAGCAGAGGUGCUGAUCCCAGCAAAAGAGAACUGCACAUACCAGUUACAAUUAACAGAUGGUGAACCAUACAACUGUGUAAGAACCACCCCAGUGUUUACAGUUGAGAUGCCUUCAACACUCUUCACAGGCUGUUCAACACCUUGCCCCAACUCCUCUAGCCACCCUGGCACAGAAGAUAGUUGGAUCCCAUUUCCAUGGGCUAUUCUGCGCUGGCUGUUCCUGUUUAUUCUAGUAGCAACUUUAAUUAUCAUUCAGAGCAACAGGACAUGGAAAAGUGGUGAGUUUCUCUUAACUGUAAAGAUAAUUUUCAUUCAGUUCAAUAGCACAAUUAACAACAACAAUUCUCUACCAAACGGUCAUGCAAAAGAUGCUUGUGUGUAUAAUUCUACAUAAAAGCUACGUAUUAAAAUAUUAAUGUGCAUUUUACUAAUAUAUGCUCAAAUGUGACUUAAAAGACUAGGUAGGUUUUGAUUUUUUUAUUUUAUUUGCUGUAAAUAUUUUACAAUAUUUAUAAAGACAAUUUCCAUUUCUACUGAAGCUUUUUAAACCCAUGAUCAAG